AUGCUCUCGCGUUCGGUGUACGCUCUCCUCUUUGCCUCCCUUCUUGAUCCGCUUGUCGCAAGCGCGGAUGCGUCGGGGUCCCAGGAGACGUUCCUCGGCGAAGGCGCAGGGCGGAGUCCGCAAGUGAAGUCCGUGCUCGAGCAUGAGCCCGCCUCGGACCCAUCAUGCAAACAGUUCCCAACGGGACCGAUCGAGAUGACCCAAUGCGACUUCGAGACGAUGGAGAGCGUCGCGGACACACUCUAUGAAGAAGUGCACGCCCUUGUCGAGACACCAUUUUUCAAGUACUUCCGCGCGGAUUUGUAUCGCGACUGUCCGUACUGGCAGGAAAAUGGCCUCUGCAUGAACCGGGAGUGUGGUAUCACAACUGUGGACGAGAGCGAGAUUCCCGAGAAUUGGCGAGCCGCUGCGCUGAGUAAAGUCCAGCGUGGGGACCAGAGGACACAACUACCCGGCUGCUACUACCGCGACUCGGAUUUCUGCUUUUUGGAUGACGAGACGGAGGGCGACUACAUCGACCUCACGCUGAACCCCGAACGUUUCACUGGCUAUACCGGUCCCUCCGCGCACCGCGUCUGGACAGCCAUCUACGAGGAGAACUGCUUCGGCAUGUCGGAACUCGGUCUGAUGAAGGCACCCAACCCCGCUCCCGUUAGCCUGCCAGAUGAUAUGACCGAGGCGCUCAGGGGGGAAGACACAGGGAGCCAGAAGGUAGAACAGUGCCUUGAGCGCAGAGUGUACUACAAGGUCGUCUCCGGGCUCCAUGCUAGUAUCUCGACGCAUAUAUGCCAUGAAGACAUGAACCAGACAACUGGUGAAUGGGGCCCGAACCUCGAGUGCUUCAUCUCACGCGUCGCGGCGCAUCCGGAGCGGAUGGAGUACAUGUACUUCGACGCCAUCCUCCUCCUGCGUGCCGUUGCACGCCUCGGGCCGUACCUCUCGGCGUACGAUUACUGCGGCACUGGCGCUCACGAAGACGACACUGAGACGAUCGAGCGCCUGACGAAGGUCAUCGACAUCGCACGCGCAGUGGGCCGGUUCGACGAGUCUGUGCUAUUCCGGGGCGAGAACGCGAACGUGCUGAAGCAGGAGUUUAAAGAGCACUUCCGCAACGUGACGCGCAUAAUGGACUGUGUCGGUUGCGACAAGUGCCGCCUGUGGGGUAAGGUGCAGACGACCGGCAUUGCGACCGCUCUGAAGGUCCUUUUCGAACUCGACGAGAAAGCAUUAGACCCUAAAGCGAACGUCAACCUGUUGCAGCGUUCUGAGCUUGUCGCUCUGAUGAACACGCUCCAUCGUCUGGUCGAGUCUCUGCACGUGGUCCAGAACUUCCGCAGGAUGUGGUCUGAGGCCAAUGCAGACGAAGAGGCGCGCCUCCUCGAAGUUGCGCGAUCCGCAAUCAACAAGGUGCCAAAGGCGACCCACCCACCACCCGCUGGUCAAGCCGGCGCACCGCAAGACAUGUUCUCGGACGUGCUCGAGAAGCUUGCCUUCUGGGUGCGCGCUUGUCGAGAUGGCACAAUCGAGUGUGUCCAGGGCGUGUUGGAUGUGCUCUCUGGCGUAGUUGAAGCGGUGACGAGCGUCUUCAGGCUUUCCGGGAAGGACCAGGGCCCUGGGAGGAGCGAUCUCUGA